AUGGUCCUAUAUCGGGAACUCAGUGUUGCUUUCCGCUGCUGGCAGACUGGGCACUCAGCAGUGGCUGUAGGCAAGUUGGUCUUGAUCGCACUUGGUGAAGAUGCCAAGUUAGAGAUGAUCAAUCAUAGAGCAGUCACUGAGUUUCUUCUUCUGGGAUCCUCCACUGACCCAGGGACGCAAAACCUACAUGGUACCCUGUUUCUAACGGUUUACUUGGCAGCCCUGACAGGAAAUGGGCUCAUCAUCUUCCUCAUUACUUGUGAUCUUCGGUUUCACACUCCCAUGUAUUUCCUCUUGAAGAACUUGUCAUUCAUAGAUUUCGGCUACAUCUCUGUCACUGUUCCUAAAUUUGUUCUAAACUCUCUGAUGCACAGGAGCUCAAUAUCCUUCCUUGGGUGUGUUUUACAGGUGUUUUUUUUCGUAGUUUUUGCCUGUGCUGAAUUAGCCAUUCUCACAGUGAUGUCCUACGACCUCUAUGUGGCCAUCUGCUGUCCACUGCACUAUGAGGUCAUCAUGAACACAGGGGCCUGUGGACAAAUGGUGGUGGCUUCAUACAUCAGUGGGGUGGUCUCUGGAGCAAUGCACACUGCAGCGACAUUCUCCAUAACUUUUAGUUCUAAUAGAAUCCAUCAGUUUUUCUGUGAUAUUCCACAAAUUAUUUUGAUUGCAGAUUCCCAAUUGAACAUAGGAGAACUUGGAAUCACUGCACUUAUUUUCAGUGCCUCACUGGUUUGUUUUGUGUUUAUUGUUUAUUCCUAUGUUCACAUUUUCUCCAUAAUCCAAAAGGCCUCCUCUGAGGGUAGGAACAAAGCCCUUUCUACUUGCAUCCCUCUUCUGGUUGGUGUGAUCUUGUUUAUUCUAACUGCUUCCUUGGACUACCUGAAGCCACCGUCUAAUGUGAGGUCAGUUCUUGAUCUCAUUUUGUCUGUGUUUUACACUGUGCUACCUCCAACAUUAAACCCCAUCAUAUACAGUCUUAGAAACAAGGAAAUGAAUGCAGCUCUGGGGAAAGUGUUGGGCAUGGAAGUAUUUAAAUCAAAUUAA